AUGUCGACCGCAGUUGCGCCCGCGACGGCAGCAUCUCUGUCCUCGCCACAUGUCACCCGCGAUCCUAGUCCAAAGAAUUGCCCGACCUUGGCUCCUCCUCCCCACCGGGCGCGGCGAAUUCCUCCCCAUCACGACUGUCUACCACCUCCCAGGAUGGUCCGCGAAGAGGCACCCCUGAGAACAAAGACCCGGCCUCCCCGUAGCGCAGGUCCGAAGAUCACCGUCAAAAAAGAACCGCCAUCCUCGCCGCGCAUGCAGAGUGGUCGCCCUCGCCCUCGCAAGCUCGACCUUUCAACCAGUCUCCCUUCCUCGAGUAACUUGUCCGUUCGACCACCCAAUGGGCCUAUGACUGCCCGUGACGGUGUCACUAUGCAGGACGUCGGACUGGCAUGUCUGUCACCCGGAUUUCAGACACAUGAUCCUGCAAUGAGAGAGCAGCUCCAACGGAGUCUCUCGGUGCGCGAACAGCAACGGUCAAUUAUUGAAGCACGGCUGCAAAUGUCAGCCAAGGAUGAAGGUCCCGAUGGCAUCAGGCCAUCUGCGCACGAGUUCUUGGGACCCAAGAGCUCGAAGCGACGGCCGCCGCCUGGCUUGUCCAUUGUCCCUCCGUCGGCAUCGCAAUUUGCCAACGAACGGGUGAUUCAAUCCGCCCCGCUGAACCAGACCUUCACUGGUCGGCACCAGCCUCAGCCUUUGACUCGCCAUGUCGUGAACCAGAGUCCGACUCUGGGCUCAACUUCGCACAUGCACCAACUUCCAGCCGCACAGACCAACAACCGCCUUCCUCCUCUGUCCGAUGUGUUCGGUUCUGAUGCUCUGGGUCGAGACAGAGAAGCAACCCGCCCAGAUGCGAACCGCCCGAGUUCACAAACUCCCCAUCGAUCACGCGAGUAUCGCUCGGCCGAAGAAGCCGUGCAAGAAAUGACCGGCGGGCGCGAUGAACUGUUGCCACGGAUCGUACACUAUGGAGGCCACCAGCCACCCACUCCGCCAUCUCCUCACGCAUUCCAUGCUGCCCCCAAGACGGCUCCUUUGGUUAGCGAAAGCAUGGUCCACCAUCCGCCUCAGGUCCCUAUGAUGCAAUUCGCCGAUACCACUGCACGCCGUCGCCCCCGGAGCGAGUACGAGCAAGAUAAUGGAAGCCCACCGCUUGGACAUGGGCCUGAGCCUCAGCACCGGCCCAACCCUGCAGCUCACGCUAGCUCGACACCCUACGGCCCCUUUGGCGCCGGUCGAGACUCGCCGGAAACCCAACGGAGAAAGAAAGAGGAAUUCCUGGGCCUAUGCGCACGGGCUUGGGAUCUCUUCCACUCUUGA